UCCAAGCGGAGCGCGCCGACGACAGGGAACGAGCAGCGUGGGGAUCCCGCGGCGGUCGGGCUCGCGCGGCGCCCUCGCUCCCCCUCCCCUCGGCCCUAGGGCCGCGCGGCCCGCGCCGCUCCGGGAAGAUGGCGCUGCAUUUCCAGGAUUUGGCCGAAUUGGAAGCAUUGUGUACUCAACUCUAUGUAGGGACUGAUCUCACAGAAAGAAUAGAGGCUGAGAAAGCACUCUUGGAAUUGAUUGACAGCCCAGAAUGUCUCAGCAAGUGUCAACUUUUAUUAGAACAAGGAACAACAUCCUAUGCUCAGCUCCUUGCAGCAACAUGUCUUUCAAAACUUGUUACUCGAAUCAGUCCUUUACCUGUAGAACAGAGGAUAGACAUCAGAAACUACAUUCUGAAUUAUGUGGCAUCACAACCUAAGCUGGCUCCCUUUGUCAUUCAAGCUCUUAUUCAAGUCAUUGCUAAACUCACUAAGCUGGGGUGGUUUGAAGUUCAGAAAGACGAGUUUAUUUUCAGAGACAUUAUUGCUGAUGUGAAGAGAUUCCUUCAGGGUACUGUGGAACACUGCAUAAUAGGAGUCAUUAUCCUUUCUGAGUUGACUCAGGAGAUGAACCUGGUUGAUUAUUCCAGACCUUCAUCAAAACAUAGGAAAGUAGCUACCUCAUUCCGUGAUACUUCUCUAAAAGACAUUUUAGUGCUAGCAUGUUCUCUCCUGAAACAGGUGCUGGCCAAACCUUUAAAUCUUCAGGAUCAAGAUCAACAAAAUCUGGUGAUGCAAGUCUUAAAACUGGUCCUCAGCUGCCUAAGUUUUGACUUUAUUGGAAGUUCAGCAGACGAAUCUGCAGAUGAUCUAUGCACAGUGCAGAUUCCAACAACUUGGAGAACAAUUUUCCUGGACCCAGAAACAUUGGAUCUUUUCUUCAGUUUGUAUCACUCGCUUCCACCUCUACUGUCUCAGUUAGCACUUUCAUGCUUAGUUCAGUUUGCUUCUACAAGAAGAUCCUUAUUUAGCAGUCCUGAACGUGCCAAGUACCUUGGUAACUUAAUUAAAGGAGUAAAAAGGAUACUUGAAAACCCCCAGGGUUUGUCUGAUCCUGGUAAUUAUCAUGAAUUUUGUCGAUUUUUGGCUCGUUUAAAGACCAACUACCAGCUGGGAGAAUUAGUUUUGGUGAAGGAAUAUGCUGAGGUUAUUGGAUUGAUUGCUAAUUUUACUAUUACUAGCCUACAGCAUUGGGAAUUUGCCCCCAACAGUGUUCAUUACUUACUCACUCUGUGGCAGAGGAUGGUGGCAUCCGUUCCUUUUGUGAAAUCAGCUGAACCCCACUUGUUAGACACUUAUGCACCUGAAAUCACCAAGGCCUUUAUCACUUCCCGAUUGGACUCUGUUGCCAUUGUUGUAAGAGAUAAUUUAGAUGACCCCCUGGAUGAUACUGCUACCGUGUUCCAGCAGCUGGAGCAGCUGUGUACAGUCAGCAGAUGCGAAUAUGAAAAGACGUGUACUCUUCUUGUACAGCUAUUUGACCAAAAUGCGCAGAAUUAUCAAAAGCUCCUGCAUUCAGCUUCUGCACUAGCUGUUGAUAUGGCAAUUCAAGAAGGACGCCUUGCAUGGCUGAUAUACUUAGUUGGCACUGUUGUAGGAGGGAGAUUAACAUACACCAGCACAGAUGAACAUGAUGCUAUGGAUGGAGAAUUAUCUUGCCGUGUUUUUCAGCUUAUAUCUUUAAUGGAUGCCAGAUUGCCUCGCUGUACCAAUGAAAAAAUUGAACUUGCAAUUCUCUGGUUUUUGGAUCAGUUUCGUAAAACAUAUGUUGGUGAUCAGCUUCAAAGAACCUCAAAGGUUGUACGCCCGAAGAAUGAUGUUUCCAGAGUUCCAGAGAAGGCUUGGAAAAUAGUUAAGGUUUAUGCCCGCAUGUCAGAAGUCUUAGGAAUAACAGAUGACAACCAUGUUCUAGAAACAUUCAUGACAAAAAUUGUUACAAACCUUAAAUACUGGGGAAGAUGUGAGCCUGUAAUUUCAAGGACACUUCAGUUCCUAAAUGACCUUUCCGUUGGCUAUAUCCUUUUAAAAAAACUUGUAAAAAUAGAUGCUGUGAAAUUCAUGCUAAAAAACCACACGAGUGAACACUUCCCAUUUCUUGGCAUCAGUGAUACUUACAGUCUCAGUGACUUAAGGUGUCGAACAACCUUCUACACAGCCCUCACUCGCCUUCUGAUGGUAGAUCUAGGUGAAGAUGAAGAUGAAUUUGAGAAUUUUAUGCUGCCUCUCACAGUGUCUUUUGAAACAGUUUUGCAGAUAUUCAACAACAACUUUAAACAAGAAGAAGCAAAGCGUAUGUUGAUCGGGCUGGCAAGAGAUCUUCGAGGGAUUGCCUUUGCACUGAACACAAAGACCAGCUACACCAUGCUGUUUGACUGGAUGUACCCAGCAUAUCUCCCUGUUCUUCAGAGAGCUAUUGAGCGAUGGUAUGGAGAACCAGCGUGUACCACUCCUAUCUUAAAACUUUUGGCAGAACUGAUGCAAAACAGGUCUCAGCGUUUGAAUUUUGAUGUAUCCUCUCCUAAUGGAAUUCUUCUCUUCAGAGAAGCAAGCAAGAUGAUUUGUACUUACGGAAAUCAGAUCCUGUCUCUUGGGAGUCUCUCAAAAGAUCAGAUUUAUCCACUGAAACUCAAGGGCAUUUCCAUCUGCUAUUCAGCCCUCAAAUCUGCCUUAUGUGGAAAUUAUGUCAGCUUUGGCGUCUUCAAGUUGUAUGGGGACAACCAUUUUGACAAUGUACUCCAGGCCUUUGUGAAAAUGCUGCUGUCAGUGUCCCACAGUGACUUGCUGCAAUAUCGGAAACUGAGCCAGUCUUAUUAUCCACUCCUGGAAUGUCUCACCCAGGAUCACAUGAGCUUCAUCACCAACUUGGAGCCUCCUGUGCUCCUGUAUGUACUCACAUCUCUCUCAGAGGGACUCACCACUCUUGAUACAGUCGUCUCCUCCAGCUGCUGUACCAGUUUAGACUACAUGGUUACCUACCUCUUCAAGCACAUAGCAAAGGAGGGCAAGAAGCCGCUUCGAUGCAGAGAGUCUAUGCAGGCUGGCCAGAGGCUAUUACACUUUAUGCAACAAAACCCAGAUGUGCUGCAGCAGAUGAUGUCUGUCCUUAUGAACACCAUUGUCUUUGAAGACUGUCGGAACCAGUGGUCAGUAUCCAGGCCUCUCCUGGGGCUCAUCCUGCUCAAUGAGAAGUAUUUCAGUGAACUGAGAGCAAGCCUGAUAAACAGCCAGCCUCUCCCCAAGCAAGAAGUGCUUGCCCAGUGCUUCAGGAAUUUGAUGGAAGGAGUGGAACAGAACCUGUCUGUCAAGAACAGAGACAGGUUCACACAGAACCUCUCGGUCUUCAGAAGAGAUGUGGCAGAGGCCCUGCGUAGUGAUGGCCACACUGAACUAUGCAUCCUGGACAUGAUGAGCUGACCCGGCUCCUGAACAUGUCUUGUGCAGCUUUUGUCAAGCGACUGCAAGGUCUGGGUCCCGGACUGCGAUGCUGGCCAGCCCAGAAGAAUGUACUUUUCAGAACAAGCAACAAAAGCCCUACAUUUUUAUAAGUCUGACCUAAUUAUAAAAAUGUAUAAUAGUUCACAUACCAUGUAAAUUCAGUAUUCAAAGCAGAACAUGUUUCAGUCUAUCUGAGCUCCCACAAUGUUGAAAGAUCUGGAAACUAUAUUUAACCAAAGAUCAUAAUCAACCAGGCUAGCACCUAGUUCGUGGCUCUAAGAUCAAGGUUGUCAAUUUGAAGAUGCAGCCCUCAGUGUGGGUCCUGGGUUGAGACAAGUGCCAUUUGAACCUGUUGAAUUAGUAGCUCUUACAUCUGGAAAAUGCUACAUUAGGGACUCGGGCUGUGGGCAUUUAGAAGGAGCCUGGGAGUGCUAUAAAGCCUCCCCCAGGACUGCACACGGGCCUCUCUGCCUCAGCAACAUCUGAUAAAGUUGAGAGACAGUAACACAAUUAAAUGACUUACAAACAA